AUGUGCUGCCCCGAACACGCCGCCCACUGCCCGGCCUCCGCCGCCCCGAUGACGACGUGCCGCCCGGCGACCUCCGCCAGGCAAAGGGCCUGGCGCUACUCCCAGACCGCCCCCACGUCGCCGGCUCCUUUGCUCUUCGGCCCCAUUGCUUCGCUUCCUCCUAGGGUGCGUCUUCUUGGAUCUCAUGGACCACCUCCUGAUCUUGUGCUUCAGUGGUUAGUGAAUAAUCAUGGUUGCUGUGCUUUGGCGAGCCCUUCUGAGAUUUGUGGCCUGGAAGGGGAAUGUUCAUACAGCUAUACAGGUGAUGUGCUCUAA